AUGAGCGAAAAUAAUAACGAAUCGGAGUCAUCUUCUCGAACACUGGAAUCCUCCAAUGCACCACCACCACUAUCAUCGUCAUCAACAGAGAAUCAUCAUCAUUCAAAUGGAGGAAAUUCCGAUCAACCCAUAAAAAAACCUUCCCUAGAGAAAUCACUAUUGCAAAAGUUCAGAGAAUGUAGUACUAACAAUCCUCGCAGACGUAUCGACAAGCCUUCGACUGCAUCCUCGUUUAAUCCCGAGCAACUCGAUGCUUUAAUUAAAACUUUUAAAGAAUAUGAAAUAACAGCUCUUGAAAGAGUGAAACCAAUAUCCACAGAAAAAUCGUAUCACAUUAAUGCAAUGAUCGUUAAAAAGACUCAUGUGACUUAUCAUCACAUUGGAGGCAACUAUCGAUACAAGAGAAUUGAAAUUCCAUUGAUUUCGUCUUUACCUUCGACGAAUAAUAUGAUUGUCAAUGAAAAGCACAACUCAUCAAAAACCGAAUCCACUUCACAUAACACACCAUCCCAAGCUCUCCUUUCCGAAUCAUCAUCAACCUCUUCUAUAAGCACCACCAAAAGCAACCAUUCUUCUUCCUCAUCAAAAGACAAGACCACAACUUCUGGAAAAAAAGAGAAAAAGAAAAAGAAUCCAUUUAUGAAAGUUUACAAGAAACUACAAUUGAAAAUUGCAGAUCCGAAAAAGAAUAUUGCAACACCUGAAUUGAUAGACAAGUACUUUCCAAACUUGAAAUUACCUGAUGAUUUUGUGUACAUUUUGGAGAAUGAAAGAAACUCGAAAACACCUCCAACGGCUCAUAACGAUAAUCGAUGUAAUUGUAGCAUCAAAUGUGUGAAACACGAAUGUUUAAAUUACUUGUCACAAGUCGAGUGCUCGACAGAUUGUCAGUGCGGAUCACUUUGUGACAACAAAAUGUUCACAAACAUGCAAUACCCAAAUAUUGUUUGCUUUUACAGCAAAGGUAAAGGAAUUGGUGUUAAAUGUAACCAACCAGUCAUCACGAAAGGUGAAUUCAUCACUGAAUAUGUUGGAGAAGUGAUCUCAAUCAAUAGAUUUGAGAAACGAACAAGCAGAAAAUAUCAUAAAUCUCUUCAUCACUAUUGUAUGAAUUUGAAUGAGAAUGAAAUUAUUGAUGCGACAUGGAUGGGAAAUAUUGGAAGAUUUAUUAAUCACUCGUGUGAUCCUAAUGCAUGUACACAAGUUUGGUCUGUGAACGGAUACGAUCGAGUUGGAAUAUUUGCAAUUCGAGACAUUGCGUUUGGGGAGGAAAUUACAUAUAAUUAUCAUUUUACGAUUUAUGAUGACAAAUCAGAGCAGCAAGUGUGUAAAUGUGGAGCUGACACCUGUUCGGGUGUAAUUGGAAAAAAACCUUCGUCUCCUGCGUUUGAAGAGGAUUCAAGUGAAUCUGAAGCAGAGACAGGUUUAUCCGAUGAUAGCGACAAUGAAUCUAAUGAAACUUUGAAGCGAUCGAUCAACACAUUCAAUGUUGAAUUGGGUGACGAUGAACCAAAUCAAAAGAAACAAAAAAUCAACUCUGAAGAUGAUGACAUUUCAGAAAAUGAUGAAUAUUUCAUGCAAUUUGUUGAUAGCGAAUAA